UGUGUGUGUGUGCAUGCAUGCCAGUUUGUGUGGACAGUGUGAGCGCUGUCUUGAAUACAAAAGGACAUCUUCACAGGUUCAACACAGGCACAUACUGGUGUUUGUGCUGGAUUCUACUUUCUCUUGCAACUGCCAGCCUCAGGUAUGAGGGCCUGCUUAGUUUUCCUUUGCUUACUGGCAGCAACACUUGCCCUGUCUGUUAAAAGUAAACCUCAUGGAAAACAUCAUGGAUUGCACAAGACUUCACACACAGCCAAAGAAAAGGACGUUAUCACAGAGGAAGCCAACAAGCCACAGGUCUCACCCACUUUAGUCACUUUGGAGGCCAGGAGCCAGGAGCAGGAAGAUGAAGAGCUGAGCUCCGAGGGCAACGCUAAUGCCAACAGGGAGGAUGGAGCGUUUAAGGUGGCUGAAAAGAGAGAUAAAAGCACUGCAGUCCUGUUGAGUGAGGAGGAGCUGGUAGACCUCCUGAAGAAGGAGGCAGAGGAGGAAGAGGUGGAAGAAAGAGAGCUGGAGGAAGAAGAAUUGGAGGCAGAAAAAGGCAAGGUGGAGUCUAGUGAAGCUGGUGAGAUCAGAGAGGAUGAGGAAGCUGAGGGGGAGGAGAAGAAACUGGAGGACAACUUGGAAUUGGAGGAAGAUGGGAAAGAAGAGGGGGAGAUGAAGGAGGAGAGUGUGGAAGAUGAAGUCCAGGAGGAGGUGGAGAAGAUGUCCCAUAGGGAAGAGUCUGUUAGCAAAAUGGCCAACAGAGAAAAGCAAGUCGCACUGCUAGAGGAACCAGAAGGCAGCACAGAGUCAGAUAUCCCAGUGGAUCUUGACUAUGCUGCUGAUAGUGGCAUCUUACAACCUCUGCAGAUGAUAUCAGCGAAGCUAAAACACCACGUUGAUGACGCCCAGCCCCUUUCAAAAGCAGAUGUUCCAGAUGUUAAAGAGAAAGAAGUCAGUGAGAAAGAACUACCCAUCGUAGAUGAGGACUAUGACCAAGACAUACAAAACACUGAGGCAGCGGACAGCGAGGAGUUUGAUCAGGACAAGCUGCAAGAAGGCAGAAAUGAUAAAGAUUCACAAGCUAAAUCUAAAGAGAUGGAUCAGGACGUGGAGCCUCAGGAGCCAAAGAGCAGUGAAUCAGGGUCCCGAGUGACUGGGAAGGAGGAAGAGAAAAGUAAGAAUGACAGUGGAAGUCACAUCAAGGGAAAGACAAGGAAGCAGAAGAAGAACCAGAGGGCGAGGAAGCACUCUCCGCAGAGAGAGGAAGCACAGUCUGGACAAGAACUGAGCCACCAGGAUCCUCAGGAGUCUGAGAGCAGCAGUAUUGACAAUACAGUGCACAAGGCAAAGAGGAGAAGGGCCGGAAAAUGGGGUCCUUUGGUCGGAAUGAAUCCAGUGCAGAUAAGAGCCACAGUGGAUCUCUACCCCAGCUCCAGGCCCUCUCUUGGUGGAAGCAUACAUCACCCAGAGGCCCCUGCUGAUCCAUGCGACGAUUUCCGCUGCAAACGUGGGAAGACAUGUAAACUCGAUGCAGACAACAAGCCGGGCUGUGUGUGUCAGGAACUGUCACAAUGUCCUCCCAGCGUGAAUGAGUUUGAUCACGUUUGUGGGACAGACAACAAAACAUAUGACACGUCGUGCGAACUCUUUGCUACUAAAUGCAACCUGGAGGGCACCAAGAGAGGGCACAGACUUCAUCUGGACUAUACCGGGCCAUGCAAACUAAUACCUCCAUGCGUGGACGCUGAGCUGGUCCAGUUCCCUCUACGAAUGAGGGAUUGGCUGAAAAAUGUGCUGCUGCAGCUCUAUGAGCAUGACUCCAUGUCCCCUGGCUUCCUCACUCCGAAACAGCGUUUUAGAGUGAAGAAAAUCUUUGAGAGCGAGCGGCGUCUUCAUGCUGGAGAUCACUCUGUUGAGCUUCUCGCACAAGACUUUGAGAAGAACUACAACAUGUACAUCUACCCAGUGCACUGGCAGUUUGCUCAACUGGACCAACACCCCUCUGACAGAUUGCUGACCCACUCAGAGCUGGCCCCGCUCAGGGUCCCUCUGGUGCCGAUGGAGCACUGCACCUCCCGCUUCUUCCAAGAGUGUGACGCUGACAAGGACAAGCAGGUGUCCUUUAAAGAGUGGACUUCCUGUUUUGGUAUCAGGAAUGAGGAUAUGGAUGUCAACCUGCUCUUCUGAGCUUCAUUUUGUGCCUCAUCUACUGCACAAGCUUGUGGAAGCUGCUCCAACAUUGCAGCUUGAGAUGGAGGCCUCCGUGAAGCCUUUGGCUCCUGUUACUUUGUCAUGUCAAAAGUUACAAGACACUCUGACAAGUACAGGUGUAAGAAACUCAUUUUACCUCCUGCUAUAUAAAGGACAAGUGUUGGUGGUCAGUGCUGUUAUUUUGUGUCAGGCUAAGCUCGCACAUUUGGAUCUUCGUUCUGUAAUUUAGACUAAACUGCUAGAAUUGUUUUUAUUAGAAUAUAAGAAAGAGUUAUGUUUUCUAAUGCAUUCCAACCUGGGGAAAAGUUUACAACAGCUCAACAGUAGAAAAGGCAUUGUGCAGUAUAGGUACGAAGCCUCAGAAGAACUGUGGUUUGUAUGUUAGAGUGGUUUAGUGCAGGAUUACUAUUUGAAUCAAAAUAAAUGUAGUAAAUGUAAAUCAAUAACUGUGUUGCUUAAUUUAGUUUCAAAUUAUGUAAAUGUUUGUGUGUACAUCUUAUGUUUCAUUGCAGCUCUAAUUAAAGCUUUAUGGACGGCAAUGGUCUUCACAAUAUCA